UUGAUUUAUACUUUCUAGGUUCUUAGUGCUUAGGUUACGUAACAAGCAUCAGCUUGUCUUGUGCUGAGAUGACAUUGGUCAUAAUUUCAUUGAUCGUAAUAAUCAAAUGGGUUUAAUUUUCACUACCCAUUAAGCUUAAAAGCUCUUGGAGCAGAUUCUCUGUCCUUGUUUGCCCGGUUCUUGAAGUGAAACUUGUGGUGUUUUCUCUUGUUGAUUUUCAGAGGUCAGUUUGUGGUGGUUGGUGGGUCAGUAUUAAAAAAAACAAACAAAACAAAACAAAAAAUGUGUAGCAGAGGGGAUUCAGAUGAGGAGUGUGGUUACAAGGAGAAAAAGAUGGGGUUGAAGCUUUUGCUGAGGCUUGAGAAAUCAAGGAUCUUGGUGAUGGGAAAUUCCAAGACUCGGAUGAGGUUGUGGAUGAUCCGGGCAUUUACCACUGUGUUUCUAUGGGCUUGUGUUGUUCACUUGCUGAUUUUCAGUGAGGUUUGGGGACCAAAGUUGCUAAAGGAUUGGCCUUCUUGUUUUAGUCAUGAUCAGGAUUUGACCUUGACUGAUUACCAUUUGUCUUCUAUUCCACCCAGAGUUGUUUCCCCACCAAAGAGGGUUUACAAGAACAAUGGAUAUCUCAUGGUUUCUUGUAAUGGGGGACUAAACCAAAUGAGAGCUGCGAUAUGUGAUAUGGUUGCUAUUGCCAGAUACUUGAAUAUCACUCUAAUUGUCCCAGAGCUGGAUAAAAACUCCUUUUGGGCAGACCCCAGUGAAUUUCAAGACAUUUUUGAUGUUGACCAUUUCAUUACAUCAUUGAGAGAUGAGGUGAGGAUAUUGAAAGAAUUGCCUCCAAGGGUCAAGAAGAGAGUUGAACUGGGAAUGCUCUACUCUUUGCCACCAGUUAGUUGGUCCAACAUUUCAUACUACCUUCAUCAGAUUCUUCCUCUAGUGCAAAAGUACAAAGUUGUGCAUCUAAACAAGACGGAUGCUCGGCUUGCCAACAAUGGCCUGCCUGCAGAACUUCAGAAGCUGCGUUGCCGAGUGAAUUUCAAUGCGCUGAGGUUCACUCCGCAGAUUGAGCGUUUGGGGAGAAGGGUUGUGAGGAUUUUGAGGGAAAAGGGUCCUUUUCUGGUCCUCCAUCUCAGGUAUGAAAUGGACAUGUUGUCCUUCUCUGGCUGCACUCAUGGUUGCCACCAUGAGGAGGAGGAAGAGCUCACAAGAAUGAGGUAUGACAACCCCUUGUGGAAGGAAAAGGCUAUAGACUCAGAAUUGAAGAGGAAAGAAGGUAUGUGCCCUUUGACACCUGAGGAAACUGCCUUAGUGCUUAAAGCAUUGGGUAUUGAUCGAAACGUUCAGAUUUAUAUCGCGGCCGGAGAAAUUUAUGGUGGAAAAAGGAGGAUGGAAAGUUUAGUGGCUGCCUUUCCUAAUCUGGUGAGGAAAGAGACUCUCCUGGAGCCCUCGGAUUUGAGGUUUUUCCAGAACCAUUCUUCCCAAAUGGCAGCACUGGAUUACCUAGUCUCAUUAGAAAGUGACAUUUUUGUUCCUACUUAUGAUGGAAACAUGGCUAAAGUCGUCGAAGGGCAUCGCAGAUUCUUGGGGUUCAAAAGGACUAUUUUAUUGGACAGAAGGCUUCUGAUUGGCUUAAUAGAUCAAUACAACAAUGGCUCAUUGAGCUGGGAUGACUUCUCUUUCACCAUAAAGAAAUCUCAUGCCGAUCGAAUGGGAAAUCCGAUCAAACGAGUUGUGAUUCCAGACAGACCAAAGGAAGAAGAUUACUUCUACUCCAAUCCACAAGAGUGUUUGCAACUGAUAGAUGAUGAACCAUUGACCAAAACCACGUGAUCUUGUUUAUCUCAUAAACAUGGUCAAAUCCAUCUCUAUGACUGAUCUCUCAUUGAAUCUCCAUACAGAAACUCAAGUACAGCAUAAGGAUCAUUAUCUGUAAAUGUUUUGGUUUCGGAGAGAACUAUGAACCCGAAAGAAGCAUAUUCCAAUGUCAAUAAUUUUUUUUUUUUUUCUUUUCAUACUUUUCAAUAAAAACUCUCUGGAAGUAAAA